AUGAAAAUCUUGAGCCUUAUUUCAUCCGUGGCAAUUUUAAGUCAUCUGACGCCUGGAAUCGAAGCUCUCAAUUCAAAUUAUAGAUGUCUCCACAAGGUCCUUGGUUCGCGUACCAUCGACAAUGUUACUGCAGAUACAAUUAGACAUUUUAAAGACAAACUUAGUGAAAAAUGGACCCCCCAACAAGAAUUUGCUAAAACAGCUAUUGACCUCCAAAUAAAGGAUGAUUUAGGAAUUGUCGAUAUCAAGAUUGAAAUGGUCAUGAACUAUCAGGGGAAAAUAUUGAGCAUGAGGGCUCUCGCUCUGGACAAAGUGUAUCCUUGUAGUCCAACACAAGACGCGCCUGAUUUCAAUACGCCACUACGACCAGAUGCGUAG